CUCGAGCCGUGUUGGCCUCCAUCCCCGCAGCCCGCGCGCGCGCUCUCCUCAGAAGCCUCACCUCGCCCGCUUCCCAGAGCCCCGCGGCGCCCUCCGGACCCCAUGGCGCUCGCCUAUGUGGAGUCCCGCCUCGCGCCCCUCGGCAGCGCCUCCUUCCACGUCGCGGGCCUGCAGCCCCGCGCCCUGAAGCGCAGCCACAGCUACUCGGGGUACGCGCCCCACCGCCUCAGGCUGUCGCUCGACGACCUCGGGGGGGCGCGCGGUGGCGUCGCCAGCGCCCCCCUGCCCCGCGCGGCGGCCCGUGCCGCGCCCGCCGCCGAGGCCGGCGCCACGGCCUCCGGCCCGGGGGCUGGCGCCUCGGAGGCCCCGAGCAGCCCGAGGAAGUUCUCCUCGGAGGCGACCACGCGGGCGGAUAGCCUCGUCGGUGAGGAGAGCUCGCCGGAGUUGUGGCCCGACACGGACGACGACAGCGAGGAGUCCUACGAGUGGUCGCCCUGCAGCCGCCGGGGCGCCCCGGCCCCCAGCGCCGCGACCCUGCAGAUCCUCGCCACGACCCCGGCCGCCAGGGCCGCGUGCCACCGGGAGGCGGGCGCGGCGGCCCCUUAUGCGCCUGCGGCGCCCCCGGUCGCGCGGCCGCCGCACGGCUGCGCCGGAUGGGCGGGCGCAGCUGCUGGCGU